AUGCCGGAAUUCGAUGAUCAGUGCUCCUUGUUCAUAGACCCUGUGAGUGAAAGAAACCCGAUAGCAUUAGUUGAAAUAUUGUUCAGGAACUUAUUGUGAACGAGAAGAGCCUGACGGAGCAAACGAAGUAUGUGGACCAGCUGUGCUCUCUCACUACAAAACAAUCAGAUGAGCCUACAAACGCGGUUUGGAUAUUGAUGCGUUUACUAGCGAAAAGUUUGUUCAUUCUCAGGAAAUAACGACAGUUCUCGAAGUUGUUUUCUGGAAAUGCCUGUUCAAAUUGACACAGCGCUCAUCUGCCUAUAAAACGUUUGUAGACGAGAUCAAAAAGAAUGAGGUACCACUGUUUUGUUUCUCAAUUUCUAGUAUCAGAUUGACACGUUUCAGACAAUGUUCAAGUUCUUUAAAGCCAACACAGUCAUGUUGGAUUUCAUCGAAAAUGAGGACACAAAAAUUGUCGUGAGAAAAAGUUCGGAUUUCGAUAAGAAGAAAACGUUCUGGUUGGAAAACAGUAAGUCAAUUCGGAUUCUGUAUAGAAAAUGAUUCGCUUUUUUCAGUUAAAAUUUUGCCUGUGACAACAGCGAUACAGGAACAUUUAAAAGUGAAAGAGUUGUACCCAAAGAAAUCUCCGAAAGUUGAGAAAUCUUCAGCCGGUAACGAAAUUGUUGUGGUGGACGUCGUAGAAUCAGAGAGAAGUUUGGACUCACUCUGUCAGCCAAACAAUACAGAUGAAGCAUCAGGGGAACAUGUGAAGUCUACCAUGUUGGAGAGGGCUGAGCAGAAAGAAGAGCCGGUAAUGACAAAAAGUGCCACUUACGAGGAACAAAUGGCGAACGUCUUGGCUGAAUUGAACGUUGGAACUACUGAAAGUGAGAAAAGAGUGAAGAAUAUGUUCGAGCAAACUGCAGAACAGAGUUAGUUUAUUAAUAGAGAGCUGAGAUUGAAAUAAUCGUUUUCAGAGAAAGAACAAGAUGAGUAUUCGAAGAAGUUGAGUGAAUGCAUGAAAAAGGAUGAGAAAGAGCAAGAUGAACUACACAGAAGACUAAUUGAGGAACUCGCGAGCAAUCUGAGCGAAACUCAAAAGUAUUUUGAGAAAAAGGCAGAGGAACGAGAGAUUUUUGAGCAGGAAAUGGAAAAACGGGAGAGGCAAACCGAGAGAGAAUGGAGAAGGAGUUCAGAGAGAAACUGAAAGAGCAAGAGAACGAACAUCAGGAAAUGAUUGAGAAAUUGCGAAGGGAAAGGGAAGAAAUGGAGGUUAGUUGCCGUUGAUUUAGAAAGGAAAACUAUUCACAUUUUUUUUCAGAAAGAAUCGGAUCGGCGUCGAGAAGAAGGUCUAAGAGAACUUCGUGAAAGAUCGCGUGUUUUCUGGCAAUGUGUCCGUCUUCAGCAACAGUUUGAAAUGAAAGAGGAAGAGUGGGCGGAUUGGAUCAAACUGCUGAGAACGUCGGUUGCACGGGCCAAGGUUCAGUUCGGAAAGUUCGAGAACGCCCUUCAUACCUGUGCCAGACUGAAUGACUUUGACAAACCGUUGAUCGAAGUGAGUCCGGAGACGAACACAAUUGAAUCAAAUGUGUGUUCAGAUGGAACUUUCUGCUCUUUAUCAAAAAACGCUCUUAGCGUAUGACACUCUGUACGACGCGUUUUUCACUCUGAAAGAGAUUUCCAAUGAAUUUCCGGACAGAAUCUUUGUUAGAAUUAUGCAAAGAAAUGUGCAAGAAGUUUGCAACGCACUAUUCGUCGUUCUCCGCAAUCUGGAGAAAACUCGCGUUUGUUAAAAUUGCAGUUAGAUACAAAUAUAAGUAUUCAGGACGAUGACAAUCUGCUUGAUAUUGUAAAGCCCUUGUUCCAAACUUUUGAUGCAUCGAAUCUCUACUCUACGUGGAAACUUCGCGAUCUCUCAAAGACUGCUCAAUCGGAAGAUUAUGCGGUCAUUGAAGAUCCAAUAGUGUACGCUAUGAAGUCUGCAACAAAGAUCGCCGAAGUGGUAGAAGAAAGUGAGAUUACUGAGAACGACGAGAAGACGACUACCGCCGGACAAAACAACGAUACUGAAGGUAAGAGGCAGAACACAAAUAAUAGAAAUGAAGUAACAAAGGUUGCAGGAAAGACGGAGCAAGAGUGUGAAGAUUUGCGGCAAAGUCAAUGA